UUUAAUUCAGAAAUCAAUUUCACAAGCCAGAUCAAGUCUGCACCACCAGAAAUAACUUUCAACUGAAAUAACUCACCAUUUUGACCUACGUUGCCGAUCUGGAAAAGGUGGCCAUUCUUUCCUGUACUGGAAGUCUCCCAGUGGCAUUGUCCAACGUUGAUUCGUAAUUCAACCACAACGUUAAGAUGUCGGGAGGAUUCGAUGUGCUAGCUCUGAAGGAGGAUGACGUGACCAAGAUGUUGGCCGCUUGCACCCACCUGGGUAGUGAGAAUGUCAAUUAUCAGAUGGAACAGUAUGUCUACAAAAGGCGAGCUGAUGGAGUGAACAUCAUAAACCUCUGCCGUACUUGGGAGAAGCUCCUGCUUGCUGCUCGUGCUAUUGUCGCAAUUGAACAUGCCAGCGAAGUCUUUGUGAUCAGUUCUCGUCCUUACGGACAAAGAGCCGUCCUCAAGUUUGCCGCGCAUACUGGAGCUACACCAAUCGCCGGACGCUUCACUCCCGGUGCUUUCACCAAUCAGAUUCAGGCUGCUUUCCGUGAGCCUCGUCUCUUGAUUGUGACGGAUCCAGUGACUGAUCACCAGCCAAUCACAGAAGCGAGCUAUGUAAACAUCCCUGUUAUUGCUUUCUGUAACACUGACUCACCUUUGAGAUUUGUCGACAUUGCUAUUCCCUGCAAUACUAAAAGCACCCACAGCAUCGGACUCAUGUGGUGGCUCCUAGCCCGCGAAGUACUCCGUCUUCGAGGCUCUAUCCCAAGAGAAGUUAAGUGGGAAGUCGUCGUUGAUCUCUUCUUCUACAGAGAUCCUGAAGAGGCUGAGAAGGAAGAGCAGGCAGCUAAGGAGAUUGCUGCCCCGGCAAAGAUUGACUUCAUCAGCAGCAAUGAUGUUGCACCCGCAGCCGAGGCUGGGUGGGCUAAUGAAGUUGUCAGCGUUCCUGCUACUGAGAACUGGGCUGAUGAUACCGGGGCUACUCCUGCAGUCGCACCAGCUGCUGGCGCACCCGCCGCAUUCGCUGGCAAUGAGGACUGGGCUGCACAGCCCCAAGAUGACUGGUCUGCAACAACACCUGCUGCUGCUGCAGCUCCUGCUCCAAAGCAGAGCUGGGGUGGAGCGUCAACCGAUCAAUGGUAACACCGUACUCACGAAGCUACCACAUUGUCAUCAAGUUGAUAAGACUUUGUAAAACAACACAAAAAUGAUGAAUAAACCAAACCUUUAUUCAA